CCAGAGGUGCUUCAAGCGCACUUCAUGGAGAGGGUCAGGAGUCCAGCAUAAGCAAGCAGCAAAAUUGAAACUUCGCCUACAUUGCGGUUAAUGCAAAACGCAACACUCCGACGCGUUGAUUUUGUGAUACUAAUAGGAGAAUGAUUGGAGCUUCAAAUAGCUGUUCGCCUACCGAAUCUGUGAACUUCAUUGCGUGUUGAGUGUUGUAAAUGGUAUGUUGCAGUACUACCCGUUAGAACAUAUGUGCUUUAAUCUUCCAGUUCGUGCUGUGUAUUUUGGUGUGGAUGAGAAAUGUAAAGCUGGACUUUUCAUUACUGAAGCGUGUUAGCGUCUCAACACUCUCAUCGCUGCUAUUCAGUGUGCUUGAGAUUUUAAAUAUUUCUGUAUAUGAGUUGAGGGUUUUGUCUUGCGCCUUUUGUGGUGAAGGAAGAGAGAGGAGAGGCAUGUCCGUUCCGGAUCGACACCCAUAUGACAGGGAUAGUAGUAGUGACACUGAGGAUUAUCAUGACUCAGAUGAUAGAAGAAGAAGAGUUUAUAAGAAUAGAAUGAGUUAUGGCCAAUCUUCAAAACCAAAGCCAUGUCUUGUACAGCGACAAGGUCAGGUUGGUCCUGGUGAUCAAAGAGCACACUCAGUCUCCAUGUCUAAGCAAUCAUUAAAUAUGGGUGCACGUAACAGAACACGGGCAUCUCAUCAUUUGGGCCCAACCAAAGGUUCUAUUAACCAGUCCAGAGAUAUUGAUUUACAUGGUAGUUCUUCUGUCUCAAACUCCUUAACCACAGUAACAAGUGAUGAACGGAUCACCUUGGUUGUAGACAAUACACGGUUUAUAUUGGAUCCAGCAUUGUUUACUGCUCAUCCAAACACUAUGCUUGGAAGAAUGUUCAGCUCAGGCAUAGAGUUUGCUCAUCCUAAUGAAAGAGGGGAGUAUGAAGUUGCUGAUGGAAUAUCUGCUACAGUGUUCAGAUCCAUUCUGGAGUAUUACAAGGGUGGGCUCAUAAGAUGCCCACCAACUGUUUCAGUUCAAGAAUUGCGAGAAGCUUGUGACUACCUGCUUGUACCUUUCGAUGCACAGACCGUGAAAUGCCAAAAUCUCCGUGGCUUACUUCAUGAGCUGUCCAAUGAAGGAGCUCGUUGCCAAUUUGAAGUUUUUUUAGAAGAACUCAUUUUGCCUUUAAUGGUUAACUCUGCUCAACGAGGAGAUCGAGAAUGUCAUGUCGUCGUGCUACUUGAUGAUGAUGUUGUAGACUGGGAUGAAGAGUAUCCGCCACAGAUGGGAGAGGAAUAUUCUCAGAAUUGUGUACCCCUUUAUUGAACAUAUUUGCAGUGGGUAAGACGACGUAUGGAAACAAAAUACUGAUCUGAGGCAACGCAAGUGUAAGAUACGCUACAGGCAGAGAAAAAUGGCAUGCAUGUAAAUGACGCAAGGAAAGAUUCAAAGUACCCAAAACUACAUUCAUGUAUAAGCAGUGGUAAAUAUCCUGUUGCACGGAAAAAGAGAUCACCAUCCUAUAUUUCACAAACACAAGACUACCUUAUAGUUCACUGGAUUAUAGAAAGUCAGAAGAGAGAAUUUGUAAUUAGUCGCCAGUAGCUCGUUGAAAGUGUCAAGAAUCUCGUUACAGAUCUUAAAAUGAAGACACCUUUCAAAGACAAACGAGGGAAAAACUGUAAACAGCACUGCUAUGUAUCGCUUCUUUAAAUAUAUCGAAAAUAGAGACGUAGCGAAACAAGUCAUGAAAGAAAGAGGCCUUAAGAAAAUUCGCCUAGGAAUUGAAGGGUACCCUACAUACAAGGAAAAAAUUAAAAAAAGAGCUGGUGGGCGAGCAGAAGUGAUUUAUAAUUAUGUCCAGCGACCAUUUAUUCAUAUGUCUUGGGAAAAGGAAGAAGCCAAGAGUCGUCAUGUGGAUUUUCAGUGUGUGAAAUCCAAAUCGGUUACAAACCUGGCUGAAGCUACAGCAGAUCCUGCUUUAGAAUUAGAUGCUGGAGGAAAUCCUGUUGUGGCUCCAGUUGUUUUGGAAGCUCCUGGAGUGGAAGCAGACGAUGGAGCUAUUGGAGGUGUAUUGCCACCACAGCCAUCUGCAAAUGAGCCUUACCCAGAACUUCGCCUUCCACCAGAUGAGAACAAUUAAUUUGGAUAAGUUACUAUGGACUGUGUUCAUGUCAUAGUUUGGGAACUGUAUUGACUUGUCUACUGUUAACUUUUGCAGGAUUUUCUACAUUGUUACAAAAGGAAAAAUGUGUAAUGAAUUCAAUUGUUCAAUAAAUAAGUUGCUCCAAAAUAUACGGUGCAAGUUUAUU